AGGAACGAAAAAAAAAUCAAAUUGAUUCGAUUUUCGAGACGAACUGUCGGGAGUUGCAGGAUUUUGGUGAAUACUUGGCAGUAUUUUAACGAUUUGCCAGUGAAAGUGGUCUCACCGUAAGCGUAACAGGUUCGACAGUCGUUUGGUGACGGAUUGGUCCAACGGUGGACCAGAUUAGCGGGGAACGGUUCGAGUGAAAAACAGCUGGGCAAGGAUUGCUGCUGCUGCGACGACGACCCACGGUCACAGAUUGCUCCUUGCGCUUGGAAAUGGCUGAAAUAAAGGCCAUGGAGCACCCGACUUUGAAGGUGCCGUACGAGAUCCUGAACAAAAAGUUCCGCAUCGCCCAGAAGACGCUGGACCGCGAGCUCAGCCAGAUCCAGAGUGCCGCCUCGGAACUGGAAAAGGGCCUCUCGGAGGGUUCGGCCGGGUCGGAGAUUUCGCGCCUCCUCGGCGGUGUCGUCGAACGUCUCCAGGUGCUCAAACGCAAAGCCGAGGAAAGCAUCUCGGAGGAACUGUCCGCGGGGCUGGUGUGCAAACGACGCCUCGAGCAUCUGAAGCAGAAUGCCAACACGCCGACGGAUGCGGCCACGAUGGAGCUGCAGGCCGCCGCCACCAACCAGUGGAAGAAGAUCCGCCUCGAUCGGAUGAUUGUGGAGCACUUUCUCCGGCUGGGCUACUACGACACGGCCGAACGGUUGGCCGUCCGCAGCGGAAUCCGCGAUCUCACCAAUUUGGACAUCUUUCAAGUGACCCGCGAGGUCGAGCGUGACCUGGCCAACCGCAGCACGGCCAAGUGCAUCGUCUGGUGCAACGACAACAAGUCCAAGCUGAAAAAGAUCAACUCCAACAUCGAGUUCCAGCUGCGGGUGCAGGAGUUCGUCGAGUUGAUCCGCGAGGACAAACGCCUGAUGGCGGUGAAGCACGCGCAGAAAUUUUUCCCCUCGUUCGAGCACGAACAGCUGAAGGAAAUCCGCCAGUGCAUGGCGCUGCUGGCCUUCCCCGUCAACACCGAAAUCGAACCGUACAAGUCGCUGUUCGAUCCGCAGCGCUGGAACGACCUGGUGCUGCACUUCCGGCUGGAAAACUACCGCCUGUUCCAGCUGCCAGCUCAGUCCGUGCUGAGCGUGGCCGUGCAGGCGGGCAUUUCGGCGCUGAAAACGCCCCAGUGCUACUCGAGCAACUCCAAGAACAUGAACUGUCCCGUGUGCCAGAAGAACAUCAACGAGAUUGCCGACCACCUGCCGUUCUCGCACUGCGCCCAGAGCCGGCUGAUUUGCAGAAUCACCGGCAAACCGCUCAACGAGCACAACCUCCCGAUGAUGCUCCCGAACGGGCAGAUCUUUGGCCAGCAGGCGAUCGACCAGAUGCGCCGCGAGAACGACAUCGUCGUGUGUCCGAAAACCAACGACACCUUCCGCUCGCCCAAAAUCGAGAAGGUGUUUGUCAUGUAGUAGAGUGGCCCAACCACCAACGCCACCACCACCCCGGGAAACGGACGUCGUAUUAUCACAAAACGAAUUAUUUUGAUGCUGUUUUUAUUCCUCGAGCGGGGGAAUGUUUUGUUUUAGCUGGCUUUUAAUUUACACACACUCACACACUCUCUUUUACUUUCUUUUAAGUCCCGAUAGAGGGAUUGAUCUUCUAUUUCAUGAAUUAACACGAAACGAAUCGGACGAAAAUGAACAAAAAAUAAAGCAAACCUGGAUUUACGUUUCUGAACUUUAACAACACUCUAAAACUAGUAAUAGCACAUCCAAUAUAUGAAAUGAUACACAAAAAAAAAAAAAACAAAAUAAAUAGGAUAACAUUUAAAAAUGUUUAUCGUGUAAGAAGAGUGACAGAAGUAAGAAGUACUCACACCGGGUGAAUCGCGGACGCGGUCGUAGUGCGAAUGUUUUUUGAUACCAAAAACAUGCCAUUUCGUUGGACGUAAUUUCUCAAUGUCGAUAUUACCUUACUUAUUUUCUUAAA